AUGGGCGGGCGGGCGCGGCCGCGUGACGUAUGGGGCUCCAGCGGCGGCGGCGCCGACGACGGCGGCGGCGGGCUCGCGUCGUCGCCGGCGCCGCUCAGCGCGCAGAAGGCCCCCGCGGCGGCGGCGGCGGCGGCGGCGGUGGGGCCGGGCUGGGACGGUCGGGCGGCGCAGGCAGGGGCUGCGGCGCGGGUGGCGGCGAGGUAUGAGCAGCAGCAGCGGCAGCAGCAGCAGCAGCAGCAGCAGCGGGCGCAGGACAUUGCAGAGCCCUAUUCCCUGCCUCAGUCUGCCGAGCCCAGCGCCACCUGGCUGAACGACCACCAGCAGCAGCAGCAGCAGCAGCAGAACCACCACCACCACCACUAUCCCCACCGCCCGUUGCAGCAGCAGCAGCAGCAGCAGCAGCAGCAGCAGCCGCUCUCUGCCCACUCGUCGCCGCAGGCUUCGCCGCGGCACGCCGAAGCGCCCGGCGCCGCGAGCCCCGCGCUGGCGGCGGCGCGCCAGACGCUGCAGCACAUGCGGGCCGGCCGCUCGCCCUCUUUGGCGGCGGCAGCGCAGGGGCCUGUGCAGCGCGGCAGCGGCAGCGGCGGCGGCAGCAACACGGCGGCCUCGAUGCCGUGUCCGGCGGUGCUGGCGGCGGCAGACUCCCAGGAAGCGCCCCUGGCCGGCGGCGCUGGCGCGAGCGUGCGCGCCGGCGGCGCGCGCGUCGACGCGGGCGCGGGCUCUGCGAGCGGCACGCCCCGGGGCGGCGGCGGAGGCGGCGGCGGUGGCGGCGGCGGGGUGGAUGCGCUGCUGCGGAAGCUGAUGGAAGGUGACCCGUCUCUGGAGGAGCUGGCCAACCUCGAGGCGUCGCUGCUGGACUGA